AUGCCCUUCAGUGAUGUUGAUUACGAGGACCUUGUCGGAACUUUAACGGAUAAUUUCAAUGUUCUCGCAGAUGAGGUCCAGCUCCUGAGCGACCGGAAACAGAUCUUGGAGCACAAACUCCGAUUUGCCCACGAACAAUACCAGCAUCUGGCAGACAAAUACGCGCCAGGCGAUCCCGAAACUUCGAAUGUCCUAGCCAAGCUUCAACCUCCCACUGACCUCCAAAUAUCGGCAUCCGAUCGAACGGGUGUUGUCCCACUUCCACAACGAACACAAAGAAGUUCAAAGCAUCAAACAGCUGUUGCUAUAAGGGACGGGCGACGGGCGGCACAACGGCUUGCAGGUACCGCAGGCAAGUCGAGCAGGUCUACACAUAGCGGAAAGAGUUUAUCCGGUACGAGCAGUAAUGUAAAAUACUCAGCACGAAGGACUUCGCUCUCUACUGUGCUUGAGCAAGACUUCACCGUCGCGGGGAAGAAGAGCUCCCUGCUUUGUCCCUUCUCCCGCACCGCGAAAGAUAUCGACGCUGCGAUGGAUCCCCAAAGAUCUCAACGUUCUGGCACCCAUGAAUCAGACCUACCAUUGAACCCAUCAGAUGCGAGAGAUCCUACGCGUCACCAGUCCGCAGACCCAAUAUGUGCAGCCCUGUAUGCCGAGACCAUGAACUCCCCUCCUCCAUCAGCCACUGGUUCCGGUGCAAAAUGUCCCAUCCGAUACAUGGACCAGCACUCUCCUGAAGAAAUUGCCCAGUACUUUGAGUCCCACAAACAUGAGAUCCCACGAAGCCACGAAGUGUGUGUGAAGCGUUACCAGCGGAAUGAAGAUGAUAUUAGGAAGCUAGAUGCGAAGUACGGAAGUCUUGUCAGUAUGAUACAAGGCUUAGGCCAGAAGCAUCAACCGAUGUUGCCUACGAAGGAGGAGGAGGAGGCUAUGGAACUUGAGCGGACAUCGAACGAACGAGUCGAGAACUGGGCCCACGCUGUCAGUGCGGAUGGUGUCGAACCGGACGAACAUGAACCUGGUCCGGACCACGAGGAAGAGAGGGAGAGUAGGUUCGAUCGUCCAUUAAAGGAGGUUCGAGUUGGCGAAUCACCAAGCCGCCCGUGGGGUAUCUCGGUACCUUUAUUCGAACCGGAUGGAGGUCAACGACCAGUCUCCCCUCCCCCAGCUCCUGUUUCGGCUCAGCAGCACAUGCCACAAUCGGCAGGGUGUCCGUUUGGACACGGUCCCAAGGUGCAGAUGGAGAAACCGCCAGCAUCGCCUCCGUCCCAAGAGAGGCCGGCAGGGGAUUGUCCAUUUGGUCACGGUGCUGGACCGGAGGAGAAACCAGCACCAAAUUCACGUCCGCUCGAGGAGAGACCCAUUGGCAAAUGCCCCUUCCCGCAAGCCGCCGCACAGAAGUCGAGAGAGGAGCCCCAGCCGGCACCAGUCUACCACAACCAACCAACCUUCAUUCAACCGUAUCCGGAGAUGCAGAAGCAUGGAGUGCUUCCGCAGAUGGUUUUUACUGGCCCAGUCUUCAUUGGGUAUCCCAUGGAGCAAGCCAUUACUUUCAUGCAGCAGUACAGGGAGACGCAAUGA